AUGAAAGAAGCCAAUUCCACGACAGAUCCGAUCGGGCAAAACCUAAUAAAGCUCAUAAGCAAUGUCUGCUUCUCCGUGUUUGUAUUCACUGUUCUUGUAUUUACUGUAAUCGCGAUAACAUACCAACCACCCGAUCCAUGGGAAUCUUCGAGAGCCCUAACUAGGGUUUUCACAGAGGUGGAAAAUGCCACGUUUCAGACAGAUAACUCAGUCCUCAAAACCGGGGAAGACAUCGGAAUGGCUCUUCUCAGCCCAAGUCCAGCUCCUUCCGAAGCUGAUGUCGAGUCAAGCGACUCACAAAACUCCCCAACAAUCGAGAAAUCAGAAGAAAAAGUGUUUCUCGACUAUCAAACACCAGUCAACACCUCAAAUCCAAACGAAUGUGAUGUCACAUGGAGAUUCCGGAAUCGGAAAGAGAAAUCCUGGAGAAGGUAUAGAGAUUUCAGAAGGUUCAGGAUCGGAUUCACCGAUUCCUGCACUUACAAAGUAAUCGGAGCAAAAGGAUGGCAUUCCGGUGUCAAUGCUCGUCGUCCCAGGAAUAGAAUCAACAAUUCCACCAGAACUGGAAUCCGAUCGAAUUUCUCUUCUUCUUCUUUCCGUGAUGAUGAAAUCAACGAUACAAUUCCAAUUCUAGGUUCAGAUCAAUCUUUCAGAAACGGGAAAUAUUUAUAUUAUUCACGAGGAGGGGAUUAUUGUAAGAACAUGAAUCACUACAUUUGGAGCUUCUUAUGUGCCCUAGGUGAAGCUCAAUAUUUAAAUCGCACAUUUGUUAUGGAUUUAAGCGUUUGUUUAGCAUCAGAUUACACAUCAAGUGGAAAAGACGAAGAAGGAAAAAGACUUCAGAUUCUAUUUCGACUUUGA